AUGACCCUUGCUUGGCUUCUCUUUGCUUUUGUUGGUUUAUUUACGGCAAGAUACAUGCGUCAAGUUUGGGAACCAACAAAACUGCUAGGAGAAAAAGCUUGGUUUACGGUUAGUAAUAAUGGAAAAGAUAAUAACACUCAGAGUCUGACUUUAAUAUCUGAUCUAGACUGGCACAGUAGAAACGCCUGAGAAAUUAAAAGUUAGAAGUUAACAAAUUAAUUAUAUUUUUAUUCUUCUUCUUGUUUUUAUUCUGUUCAGUCGAACGUUUUACACUACGUUUAAACACACGACACAAACAACAGUGUUUAUGUUUUACUGGUAAAACUUUAGCACGUCGAAUGUGAGUGUUUUCGGCAGCUUUAUAAACGUCCCCACAGUAUUCCACAGGAAUGCCCAAAAAAACUAUUUCGAUUCUUUUUUUAAAACGUGUUGAUUGAAAAAUGUGGAAAAAAAGUAGCCAGAAUAACUAAGGCUGUUGAGAUACAGUUAAGCAAAAAAGGGCCUGUUUACACGGAGGUGGGGGACCCCAGGUAGGUGAGGUAACCUACUUAGGUGGGGAACCUACCUGGGGUCCCCCACCUCCAUGUGAAGAGGCCCUAAUAGCCUCUCGCUAUAGAAAAGAAAUAAAUUGUAUUGCUGGUUUUCAAUUGCACAUAUGGAUGGGGCUUUAAUUUGGUCUUAUUUCCCGCAUAAUAAUGAUAUGCAGCAACUGUAUUUGUUUGGUUCGUUUUAUUCGACAGGUUCAUCGAACACUGAUGAUUAUAACAUUGCUACUGACGAUCACUGGAACCAUUGUGAUUUUUGUUUUUAUAGAUGGGUAUUCAUCGGUAAGUCUUUUCGUUAUCGCUCUGGGCAUAAAGAGAUUCAUGAAGCCUUCAUAUGUACUACUACUACUACUACUACUACCACUACCACUACCACUACCACUACCACUACCACUACCACUACCACUACCACUACCACUACUACUAUGCUACUGCUACUGCUAUUGCUAGUGCUCCUCCCCGUCGUCGUCCUAACCCUCAGUACAAAGUGCUGUUAUCAACGGGGACCGGCUGACUAAGAGUUGAAACUAAUAAAUAAGAGUUACUAAUUAAAAAUAAUCAUGUAAAAGAAAAUACAUAAAAAAAAGCAAACAGGCAAUAAGGUAAAGCACCGUUUGAGACAACAAUAGAAAUUACAAGUAAUAAUCGUCCUAGGUUUUCCUAAAUAAAACUCUAGAAUUAAUGAGUCUUCAACUUGAAAGCAAUGAAAAUACCGAAAAUAUAAAAACUACGGCCUGUAAAAUCGAGUUCAGUGACCUUUCGCAGUUUUGCUGUUUUACCAUUAUUUUUAAAGUGUUUAAAGCGUUACGAUGUGAUCGUUGAAAAUAAUUUUUAAAUGGAAAACAUGCAGUACCAUUAAGACAAUCAAAUACAAAAUAGCAUGCUGUCUUUUGUAAAAAGUUGUCAAUUAUUAAAAAUCGAAGAUCACAGUUCUACGGACUGAAUUUCGGGUAAAUGGUUUCGAGGCUUCGUUUCCCAAUGGAGUGGAUCAUGCGUUUUCGGGACUCUGGCCAUGCAAGAUUAUUAUAGCCGCAGUACGUAAAUAUUGGCAUAAUCAUUGAUUGGUAAAUUCUGUGGGCACUAAAAGUAACAAUGCUGGAACGGAUGCAACUUUUAUGGGGAUUACUCUUCCUUCUGGCUUCUUGUAAAAUUUUGUUAAAAUGCAUUUCAUAGUUAAGUGUCCGGAUCCAGAUGCACGCCGAGGUACUUGCAAUUGUAACAUUCAGUGGUGUUGAUAGGGGAACCACUGACUGAGAGCUUGACUUACCAGAACCAAACAGCAUCGCCUCAGAUUAAAGAUGAGUUCAUUAUCACAAAACCAAUUAGAGAGAUUAUCCAAGUCCUGGGAAAGGUUGCCUUGAAUCGCAUCGAUAUCACUCUGACUUAAGGAUGAAGAGAUCACUGUGUCAUUGGCCUAGGUGAUAAUCUUACAAUGACGAAGGGGACUAUGCACAUCAUUAAAAAAGAUGAGAUAAAAGGAGAGGCCCCAGAAUUGCUCCUUGAGGAACUCCGGUGCAAACUAUAUUUGGUUCAGGAAGCACACCAUUAAAUCGAACGAUCUGCUUGCGAAGGAAUAAAUAAUCAAUCAUUCAUUGUAGUUCCAUAAUACGCCAUAACGGGACAGAGAACGGAAUGACGUAAUAUCUAUAUCAAUACAUGUGCUAAAUUUAAGUCAUAAUUCAUUAGUAAAAUAUAGAAGGGAAUAAAAUCUAACAAAAUUUGAUUAAAACGCCGAAUUAUUAUUUUGGAAGAAAAUAUAAAAACAGACUUUUUAGAGUAAACAUUUGUUGAUUAAUCGGUUUCUCCUUGUGUUUUAACUCAUCACCUGGUUUAUUAACGUAACAUCCACAGCUUCGGAGCUUUCCAGACUAGAAUAGAUGCCAAAUAAAUGCAUGCUAUAAAAAAUAAAUGGCAAACAGGUUUUCUGCUUACUGACAAUGAGAUCGCUUUCGAAUGCUCUCUAAGGAUAAAGGGACUGGCUACUACAGUAUUUAUUAACUGCUUAUCUCAGUUAAUUCGCAAUUAAAAUUUUUAAGUAAAACGUGUGAUGUUUACUAGCGACCAUGGGUUUAACAAGCAUCACAUGACUUAAUAGGGGUCAUCAAUUAAGUUACAGUGAAUGCUUGCGCUGGCGUAGCCUUGACGAGAAUGCGUCUCACAUUUCGCGACGCCACCAAGAUUCCGCCGCAAAAUGAAACCAAGUGUUGGCUCUCGGGCUAGUUUUACAGUGCCUUCGCAUCUUGUUUGGUAAUAUACCGACGAAGAACCUUUUGGCGAAGUUACUGUCGCGAAGGAGGUUUGAAAAUCCGAUCUGAGCUUGAAAUUUCUCUAAGAAUAUUCCACAUUAUAUCAAACGCUUGAAUUGUUUAAUCUGACAUUCAUACAUUACGAAAGCUUCGGGUGCACUUUUUAACGGUUAUACCUUUCAAAUCAUGCAUCAGUGUCUUUUUUUGGACCCACAUAAAGAUGUUCGCUUGCGGGUAUAAACACCAAUCUCUGUUUCGAUAUUUCUUCAUUUUGAUGAAAAUUUUUUGAUACCAUCAUUUCCUCCCUUUUAUAACAGAGUGCAGAACCGCAUCCAUCUCUUGGUAUCGUUACAAUCGCAUUAGCGCUUAUUCAGCCGAUCAUGGCAGCAUUCAGACCACACCCUGGAGAACCCAAGUAAGAUUAAACUCUUUAUACAGCUGCAACAAUAAGAGAUUAGUCUCGAAGUUAAUAACGCUUUAUCAAAACUGAGGGGAUUGAAGCCAGGAGCAAGAGACUACUGGCACCGUUCAAGAUAAAACUGACAGCCACAGAAUAAACGGACAACCGACAAUCGUCAUUUGGUACAGGUUAACGGAUGCCCCAUUUUCACUCCUGUCAAUCUUUUAAUUUUCCGCCAGUCGCCAUGUCGCCAUGUCACACAUAUGGCAAAACAUCUUUCUCGUGAUCUUAUGAUAAUAAUUAUAAUAAUAAUUGUUAUUAUUAUUAUUACUAUUAUUAUCAUUAUUAUUAUUAGUAUGAAAUUUCACAGUGUGUCAGCAACGAAAGGAUGGACUAAUGGUGAUAAAUUAACCAAAAUGUCCUGUAUCCACUUAUUUAAUGCAUAUUCUCGAACCCAUGCAUGCAAUUUGGUAGCUAUGACUAACACAGAAGUCAGCCAUAGAAUAAAUUAUCUUGGUUAUAUAAUUUUGCAGUUAUAUUCUGUAAUUAAGCAGUUAUAAUUUAAUGCGUGAUCCGCCUUUAGGCGUCUCUAAAUAACCACAAUGCACAGUCAACUCUUUCUUAUCCAACUGGAAUACCCAUACCAGGAAUGCAGUUGAUUAUACAUGAAGCACAUGUAGCUUCUUGUAAUAUCACUGAAACAUUAUCACAGUUCUCACUUUAUAACAGAAGCUCUUUAUAAUUAUAGGCGCGAAAUUUUCAACUGGUGUCACAGAAUUGUCGGCAUUGGUGCUCUUGUUAUGGCAAGUAAGUGUUUUAAAGAGGAUAAAAUUUAUUAUUAUUAUUAUUUUUGUUAUUGUAUAACUUGUAAUAAAUCCAGAGACGCAACUUAUGCAUCUGCUUAAAGAAAGCCUGAAAAGAUUCAGGGUUGCCGGAGUGCCGGUAUUCUGCGGAGAUAGCAGUGCGCUGCUUUAGCCAAUUGAGCUAGCAAGCCAACCGGGAACUGAACAUAAUUAUUAUAUUGUUCUUUUAUGGAAGCUGACAUUUCAAAAUUCCAAACCGAUUAGGGAUUUGGGGCAGCCGGCGCCCACACAAACCGAGUGACCAUUCUUAUUUUUGAAUUCGAGUGAUGUACGGGAAUAUCCUGUGAUAUCACAGUCAAAAUAGUCUGUCUGAAAGAAAGGCGAAUUUAAGCGAUUUGAAGCGUUUGCGAAGGACAUUUACGUGAGUUUAACCUGUUCCAGGCCCUCGGAUGGUAGGGAUGACGCGAAAGUGAAAGGCACGCGAAAAUAUGAGCGCGUGGUGUAGGAAAGGGGGGCAGUAGCGGGUUUUAUAUUGGUGUUCGGGCUUUCCUCAAUUUCGCGGACCCGAUUAUCUCGGAGCCUAGAAGAGGCUAGUUUACAGUAAAAGUGUUAGCUUGCUAUACAUGAGAGGAGCGGGUGUUCACCAAGAAAUGCCAUUUGCAUAGCCGUCCACUAGACAUGCUAAAAGCCAGAAGAUUUUUCUCCUACAAUUAUAAUAGAAAUCUGCCUAAAACACGAAGCGCUAGACCUAAAAUAAUAUCGAAAAAUCCUGCAAUCGAAGUUCAAGGGAGCUACGGCUGGAUUUAUUAGUGUCGACCUCUAACGAUUACUCAUUUUGUUCCCUUCUGAUGUGAUUGUAGCAAGUUUUGCCCUCCUGUAAAUUUGUCCCAUGGGAGGGGAGGCAGGAGCAAAAACGUCAGGGAAACGGAAGGCUAAACGUUUGGUUUUUCAUUUUUGUUUUACAGUUGUAACAAUCGACUACGGACUGGCAACUGAAAAGGUCGGAUUGGGAAAGGAAGGUUUCCGGGCUAUUAUAGCUUUUAUCAUCGGAAUUGGGCUAAUAAUUAUGUUUGAGUUUUAUUUAUUCAUCACCAAAAUAAACAAGGAGAAGAGAACUUUUUCAUCGAACAAUAGCAGAGGUAAGAGG